GAGAACUUUGUACUAAUAUUGAGUGAUAAUAUUGAUGAACUUGUUGAUGGCUUAAGUUUAAGGGCUUAUUUGGACCAAGCCGAAUGAGUCUAGUCUGGCCAAUCCGAAGUUAAAGAUGCUCGAGUUCGGUCCACCUUUUAGGCUGGACUUGUCCGCCAACCUUGACACCUUUUUCAGUAUUAUCAAUUACAGUCAUGUGUAAUCAGAUCCUGCCAAAAAUUUUCUUAUGUAUUCACGACGGCGCAAUUAGCAAUCAGCUGUCCCUGUGGUUGACACUAGUAUAUGAUGUGGUUUUCAAUAAGCCCAUUUUCUAGAAUCCUCUGCUUCAAGCAUUACAAAAUAGCCAUGUCUGCUUCAAUCUCAAUUGCUUCUCUUCGCUUAAUCACUUCCAAAAUCCAUCCUUCAACUGAACCUACCUUAUUCUCUCCUUCAAAACCCACUAAUCUUUCCUUAUUUAUUUACCAUAAAUCCAUCUCUUUCCAGAAAAUAUCAACAAAGAAAUCACCUUUAUCACCCUUUGCAUCAUCAUCAUCAUCAUCAUCACCGUCAACAUCGCCAUCAAGUGCUAUGUCUCUGCAACCCAUUGAAGAACUCCCUCCAAAGCUUCGAGAAAUUGUUAAGCUCUUUCAAUCAGUUCAAGAACCUAAAGCUAAAUACGAGCAGCUUCUUUUUUAUGGCAAGAACUUGACACCGCUUGAUACCCAGUUCAAAACUAGAGAGAAUAAAGUCGAGGGCUGUGUAUCUCAAGUAUGGGUAAGGGCUUAUUUGGAUAAAGAGAAGAACGUUGUGUUUGAAGCUGAUUCUGAUUCCGUUCUCACUAAAGGGCUUGCUGCUUUGCUUGUUCAAGGGCUUUCCGGCAGGCCUGUAGAUGAGGUUUUGAAGGUUUCGCCUGAUUUUGCAGUGCUUCUUGGAUUGCAACAGAGUUUGACUCCUUCUAGGAACAAUGGGUUUUUGAAUAUGUUGAAAUUGAUGCAAAAGAAAGCACUUGAAUUGUAUGUGGGGGCUGAAAAGGGUACUGGAUCUGGUUCAGGGAAUAAGAUUGAUAGUACUCAAAAUGAGGUUAAUAGUUCAAAUCUUGGUAAAGGUGGUGAUCAGAAUUCGAGUAUUGGGUCCAAUGAAGAUUUGGGUACAAGCUUGGAAUCAAAAGCUGCUGCUAGUAGUGGUGGCAGCGGGGGUAGUAAUGAUUUAGAUAAUUUAGGGAGUAGAGGAAAAAGAAUUAAAGAGAUAUUGGAGAAAGAACUGAGUCCUAUUGAAUUGGAAGUGGAGGAUGUAUCUUAUCAGCAUGCAGGGCAUGCUGGUGUGAGAGGAAAUGAUGACGGUGAGACACAUUUUAAUUUAAAAGUUGUUUCGAAAGAAUUCGAUGGGAAGAGCUUGGUGAAGAGGCAUAGGUUGAUUUAUGGUUUGUUGCAAGAGGAAUUGCAGGGUGGAUUACACGCAUUGUCCAUUGUGGCAAAGACACCAACCGAAAUUGAAGCAAGAUGAGAGAUAUUGAGGCGGAUUAGAUAAACGGACCUGAUGUUGGAGAUUCAAGGGAUAGUCUUGGAACUUUAGCACAAGAAUGGGAUUGAGGCGAACUUUCAAAGAUAAACUACCAACUUUUUAUGUCAACUCUGCAGUGUAUUUAUGUUGGAGCUACCUCAAAUUUGCUGUUGAUUCAUAGCUAUAAAUUGAACAUUCAAAAUCAAUGUUUACAGGAAUUCAGAAAUCCUUUGAGAACUUGGGCAACCUACACUUUAUGAAAUUUCUGCUACCAUAAGUGCCGUUCUGGA